UGGAAUCUCUCUAUCUCUUUUCCGCAUGUUUCGAAACAAGCUUCCACAAACCAUUCGGACUGUCGCGUCUGCCACGAGCAGGAACACCAUUGCCCCCUCCAGAGCUAUUUCUGCUGCGCGUAUCUUCCGGGAGCUACAUCGGCAGGCUCAGGAUACAAAUAUAGAAUCCAGUGAUGACUGGGGCUGUGCUGCUCAUCGUGAAGCGCAACAGUUGCGCGGUUGCAGUACUGGUGUAAAGCGCAGUCCUGCAGCCACUCAGGUUUACACUCCGGCUCCGGCUCCGGCUCCACAUAGUAAAGUCGGCGAAAUGACUAUAGAGGAGAGAAAGGUUGUGGCGUUAGAGGCUAUCGCCGAGGCUGCUCGACUCUGGGUUAAGCUCAAUAACCCCAACAAGGAAAGCAAGACCGAUGAGAGGAGCGGAUCUAGAUGAGUGAGUGCUGCCAUUGGCAAGGAAGAGGUGGUUAGCAUAGCUGAGGCAUAUUCAGAACGCGGGAUAAAAU